AUGCUUUGUCCAGAGCUUAAUGAGGUAGCGGGUAUCACUGGAUCUUGGACAAUACCUUUCUCCGAGCGUGCGAGAAAGAAGCGAACCGUCUUUAUAUGGACAUGCUGUUCCUGCCUCACGGGAGGUAUGCGCGUCUCUGUGACCAAUUGCCCUAGCUGUGGGCUAGAACGAUGCAGCUACUGCCAGACUGAGAAGAUCGUGGUGAAAGAGUGA